GUGUUUGUCUGUCGCAGAAGAAGCUCCAGUUCACGCAGGCAGGGUGUAGUAAACACUGGAGGAAGCAUGUAACUUUACUGUGUUUUAGAUCAUGGAAAUUUUCGGGAGCACGUUUGAUGAUUCGGUAUUUGAGGAAUCGCGAAACAGGGAUUUAUUCACCGAUCUUCCCGCAUAUACACCUAAAACCUGCGAGCCAGAGUGGUUUUGUCAUUAUGAAAAAUUCGAAGAUGAGCUAGAUGAACAGAAAACUAUGAAGUUCCGGGCGGAUCUGAAAUACAGGAAAAAACAAUAUCAGGAAGCUAUAGACGACUACACAGUGUGCCUUCCUCUGGUGCCUAAUAAUAAUCUGUCUAUGAAAAGAGAUGUGUUGGAGGGAAUGGCACGGUGCUACAGACAUCUGGGAAAGAGCGGACAGGCCCUAGAGAUCUGUGAGAAACUGAGGAAUGAAGCGACCAACACGUGCCACCUGACCUGCGUCCUACAGCUGGAACAGAGCAUCCACGAGGGCUGUGGAGACGUCAUGAGCAGCAUCUCUAGUUUGAAACAGCUUUGCUCUGUUCAUCCUUUCAACCCUUGGUACUGGCUGAACCUGGCCACGAGCUACCAAAGCCUGCUGGAGAAAAAUACAUCACAGACGCCACAGGCCUUCAUUCAGCAGCAGCAGGAGGAGAAGGAGGCGCGGCUGAAGGCCUGCAUGUGUUUUAUUAGAACAAGGCUGCUGAUUGAAAUAUUGAAGAUUCAGCAGUUCUCGUUCAUCCUGGAAAGGAGCAUGAAAACCCUUCAGGCCAUUGAGGCGUCUCUGCAGGAGAUGCAGCUCAAAGAGGAAACACUCCGACUCAUUUCCAAGGUAAUGGCCGAAGAUCUGAACCCAGAGAAGAUGCGUGAAGAGAACCAGGAUGGUGAGGGUUUAUCGAGUCUUACCAUUAAGGACUUUGAGGAAAGGUGGUGGAACAAACUACAUGCCUGCCUGCUGAUGAAAGAGAAUACAGUUGUAUCGAGUGAUAAGGAACUGGAGACGGGGUGAAAAUGAACACCAAGGAUUUUACUAUAAAAAUGCCUUUUAAUCGAUUUGUACAGUGAUGCAGGUUUUAAUGGUUUGGUGUUAUGAAAAAUGUUUUGGGAUUUUACAAAUAAAGAUUUUAAAUGUUUACUAUA